GGUACUAGCCCACAUACGGGGCAGGUGGAAAGCUGCCUAGGUCAACACUCUUGUCUAUGUGCUCUCCAAAGGGCAGACAGAGUUAACUUAGUUCUUUUUUUAAAAAAUCUUGAACAUUUUGGAGACACUGCUGAACAACUUGGGAGCUGGAGAAAAUACAUAAAUAGGUUUCUAGGUUGCUAUUAAUAGCUCUGUUAGUGCUGUGUUUCUUGUAUAGCUAUGGCUUCCGUAUCCAUAGCUGGCUGCCUGCUGACCCAAAAUCGGUAUUAUCAAAAAUCCAGUAUUUGUUCAGUAAAUUCUUUCACUGGCUUUGAUUCUGUAAACUUCACAGACAUGGAGAAAGCCCAUCCAGGGUUACCUGAAGCAGCUGAAUCCAACUGGUGGUUCAAAUCUUUUUUCCAUUCAGAUCCUGCCCCUCCAGAUAAAGAAAGGAAAGAUCUGUUUAUUACUAGCAUUAGUAGUUAAUUCCAACAAUUAAGCUGCCUCUGCCUGUUAUAACACAUUCGUAUCCCUAAACAUUAAUGUUAUUCCGGAUGACCACACUCCACGGCAGUAAGGCAAUAACUAUUUGAAACCUCAGUUGGGAGAGGAGAUAACAGCAUUAGAAGAAACAAUGAUAAUUCAAGUCAUAUUAUUCUGUGCUGAAGCUGUCUCUGCACAUAUCAUCAGUAACAUAAAGAGCAAUGAUUCUACCUGAGAAGUGUACUUUUUGACACCUGUGCCUUUUCAAAUGUAUAUAUUAUGUAUGUAUGUAUAUAUGCUUAUAUAUAAUCAUUCAUAAAAGUUGUCUUUUGAUUAUC